AACCAGCAUAGACUAAUACUCUCUUUAUAUAAAUAAGUGUUCAGCUUCAGAAUUAUGAGUGAGAAGAACAAGAGUCUCCCUUAUAAUUUCUCUUUGGCUAUCCAGAAACGUGAAAAGCUCCCCCAUGGCAACUGCUUCGUUGGUCUCUGCUCUAAAAAGGCUUGAGGGGAAGGUGGCUCUGAUCACCGGUGGUGCAAGCGGAAUCGGCGAGGCCACCGCGAGACUCUUCUCACAAAACGGAGCUAAAGUUGUUAUAGCUGACAUCCAAGACGAUCAAGGCCACUCUAUUUGUCAAGAGUUACACAAAUCAUUAGCUUCUUAUGUUCAUUGCGACGUAACAAAUGAAAAGGACAUUGAAAACGCCGUCAACACAACGGUUUCCAAGUACGGUAAACUCGACAUCAUGUUCAACAACGCAGGCAUAACCGGUGUAAACAACACCAACAUACUCGAAUACAAAUUAUCAGAUUUUCAACAAGUGAUUAACGUUAACUUGGUUGGUGUCUUUCUUGGAACAAAACACGCUUCAAAGGUAAUGAUCCCUGCAAAACGAGGCAGUAUAAUUAACACGGCUAGUGUUUGUGGAAGCAUAGGUGGUGUGGCUUCACAUGGUUACACGAGUUCAAAGCACGCGGUUGUGGGGCUGACAAGGAACACGGCGGUCGAGCUUGGACCGGCUGGCGUUCGGGUGAAUUGCGUGUCUCCUUAUGUUGUUGCAACUCCGCUGGCUAAGAAUUUCUUUAAGCUUGAUGAUGAUGGUUGUUUAAGCGUUUAUUCAAACUUAAAGGGUGCUAAUCUUUUGCCCAAAGAAGUGGCUGAAGCUGUUUUGUACUUGGGAAGCGAUGAAUCUAAGUAUGUUAGUGGUCAUAAUCUUGUUGUUGAUGGAGGAUUUACGGUUGUAAACAAUGGAUUUUGUGUCUUUGGAGGAUCUGUCUGAUCAUGUGUAUUUUUUUUAUGUGUGGUUAUGUGUAAAAAUGGUUGUUGAUGGCGUCUUGACAGUUGCAUCUCAAUCAAUGUUUAUUUAUGGAAAUAAAGGAGAAUGGGUCCUCUUCUGUUUUUGGCAA